AUUCCCUCUCUCUCUCUUUCUCUCAGACCAGGAGCGCCUGGAUGUGUGUGUCCAGGCAGUGAUGAAAGGGGCCAGGAGGUUCUUAUAAAACACAUUUUUUCUCCUCUCUCUGUAGAGCGCAGAGAGGUGUGAGCAUAGGUGCUAAAAGCGCACCGGUCCGUCUCUGAGGACAGUCACUUCAAGAAGAGGAGAGGGAUAGAGAGAGAGUGAGAAGAAAAGGAGCGGGAAGCAGUGGAACAAAUGGCCAGAAGGAGGUGAUGAGGCAUUGGGGAUGUUCAGUCAAUGACCUUUUGUGAAGUUCAGUCCUGGUUUGCGCGACAGCAGGUGUACUCUGAGGUCUUAUUAAAACAAUGGAGUCGGCUCACCUUCUGAGUGGCUCUAAGAAGAGAGUGAAGAUCCACCCUCACACAGUCACAGCCAAGUACGCCACGCAGACCCCCUACAGCCCCCAACCUGGAAUACACACCCAUUUCCCCCAGCCAGGCGACGAGGGCUAUGACGACGCUCCGUCAUUUGAGGACUUCGGCUCGUUCCUGGAGGAGACAUCCGACAGGAAGCGGCUCACGGAGAGCAAGAGGUGGCCCCUGAUGAUGUUUGGCUCCAAGGACAAGGACACGUCCCACAAGCUUCAAGCCACCGGGGGAGGAGAGGGGAGUGAGCUGGGCGCCAAAGCGGUGAAGGGAUCUGGGAAAGGAGUCGGAGAACAGCUGGCCAGCUUUGGCGAGGCGUCCGUGUCUGCGUCUCGGCUCACCUGGGUGGGGCUGCUCGGCGCGGCGCUCGCACACGGCUGCCUGAUCGUCCUGACCCGCCUGGCGACGGAGCGCUUCAGCCUCGGACCCCUGUUCCUUCUCUUGGUGAGGUCCGUCGUUCAGCUUCUGUCGGUGGCCGCGCCGCUGCACAGGGCGGAGAACCCGUUUGGGCCAGAAGGAUAUCGGCUGCGUCUGCUCGGCUACGGCGUCGCCUACUCUCUCUCCCUCUGCUGCGCCUACUCGUCCUUGACUUUUGUCUCGUCGGAAAACGGCUCAACGACGUGGCGCCUGGCGACUACCGCCCUGUCGGCGACCCUCGCCUUCCUGCUUCUGGAGGAGAAGCUGGGACUGGCCGACGGGAUAACCUUGGCCGCGGGGCUGUGUGGCCUGGGCCUCGUGUUGCUGCCCACGGCCGACGAGAGCUACGAAGACGCACAAGUCGACCCCGUCACGUUCUGGAGGGGCGCCUUUGGGUGGUCCUUGUCGGCACUUGCGGGGUUGUGGAUGGCCCUGGCGCUGGUCGGUUAUCGCUCACUGAAAGACAGGGUGGGAGUUGGCACCGCCUUGUUCACGGUGAGUUGGACCGGUUGCCUGCUCACCCCGGCUACUUUGAUCCUGCUCCAGGAGGGCUGGUCUUGGCCUAUGAGCUUGGCCGCAUGGGGCAUUGUCCUGGGCCUGGUUGCCUGCUCGAUAGCGGCGUUCCUGGGUAUGACGCACGCCCUGACCCGCCUCCACCCCGCUCUGGUCUCCGCCUCGCAGAGCUUGGAGGUACCCGUGGCCAUGCUCCUGCACUUGGCUGUGCUUCCUCUGGCACCCACCGCCCCAGAGGUCGUGGGGAACGUGAUGAUCGCGCUGAGCGUCGGCUGGCUGGUGGCGAUGAAGCUGCUCCCCUCUCGGGGUGUGGGCCGGCGCCAGCGGGAAGAGUACGAGGAGAUUCUGGACUCGCCCAUCAAAUAGACACAUUCUCUCCCCGUUUCGCCCCGCACUUUCUCCUUCAAGCGGGUGGUCCCAGUGUACAUAAGAGACUGCUAGGUGUCCAUCAAAGCUUGAUCUAUUUUGUAUUGUUGGUUGUUUUUUUUUUUUUUGCUUAGAGGAAAGUGCCAAAAUUGUGUUGUGUGUCAAGUGACUACAUGAUGUGAAAAUAAAAUUUCUCUGAGAGCA